UUGUGCUGGGGCUGUUUUCUAGGUGUUCGAACGGAUGCGAAAUAUUUGAUAUGAUUGAACCUGAACUUAAAGAUGUGCAUUACAUAUAGAAGGGGAAAGCUGAAGCAGGCGCAGAUGUUAUGUUGUAGCCCCGCCCACCCCGGAAAAUUGUAAAUGAAGAAAUUUAAAUUUUUAAGGUGACGUGGAUUCGUCUGUAGUGCUGCUCGCAACCUUUAGGCAAUUUCUUCGAUUAAAAAGCAAAGAUCGGAUUCUCCCUGCGCAUCCUUCCCAGCAAUGUCCAGAUAUGAUACUACACACACACGCGCGUGUUGUUGACUGGAUUUUGAAAAGAAAGCAGCGAUUCUGAGGAAUCCGAGGAAAGCACAUGAAACAGGUGUUGUCAUGACAACGAGACUGGAAUGUUCAGGCCCGCGAGUUGCUGGUCGAUCCAUGAGUCUCUGUGUGCUGGUUCUGUGCCUGCUGCCUCGCUUUGGCUGGGCAGUCAGUUACAAGCAGGGAGAUCCAGUGAUCCUUUAUGUUAAUAAAGUUGGUCCAUAUCACAACCCCCAGGAAACCUAUCACUAUUACACCCUGCCAGUAUGUAGACCUAAAGAGGUCCGUCAUAAACCCUUGAGUCUGGGAGAGGUGUUGGAUGGAGAUCGUAUGGCGGAAUCUCUUUAUAACAUCCGCUUCGGGGAAAACACUGAGCGACAGACACUGUGCAAGCUCACUCUCUCUGAGAAAGAGGUGGACCAGUUACGAGAGGCGAUUGAGGAGCUGUAUUACUUUGAGUUUGUCCUAGAUGACAUUCCCAUCUGGGGUUUUGUGGGAUACAUGGAAGAGAGUGGAUUCCUGCCUCAUAGUCACAAGGUGGGGUUGUGGACCCACUUGGACUUUAACAUAGAGUACAACGGUGACUCUGUAAUCUUUGCCAACGUGUCUGUGAAGGAUGUGAAACCAGUGCCAUUAGAGGAAGGUGGUGUAGGGGCAGGCCAUGGUGCUGGUGGCGGCAGUGGUGACCUAUCUGUCACCCACACCUACAGCGUGCACUGGUUUGAGACCUCGUUGCCCCACUCACGGCGGGCAGUUCGCCUUAGAGACUAUUCCUUUUUUCCUAAGACUCUGGAGAUCCAUUGGCUGUCCAUAAUUAACUCCCUGGUGCUGGUGGUGCUUCUGCUGGGAUUCGUCAUCAUCAUUCUCAUGAGGGUGCUGAAGAAUGAUUUUGCCAGGUAUAAUGUGGAGGAGGAUGUGGGCUGUGAUGACCUAGAUCAGGGGGAUUAUGGCUGGAAAAUCAUCCACACAGAUGUAUUUCGCUUCCCACCAUAUAAGAGCCUGCUGUGUGCGAUAUUAGGGGUCGGUGCACAGUUUUUGACUCUGGCCACAGGAAUCAUCAUCAUGGCACUUCUGGGAAUGUUUAAUGUCCAUCGUCAUGGUGCUAUAAACUCGGCAGCAAUUGUAUUGUACGCUCUGACCAGCUGUGUGUCAGGUUACUGUUCCUGUAGCUUCUACACACAGAUUCAGGGCCAGCGCUGGGUCUGGAACAUUAUCCUUACUUCUGUGCUAUUCUCUGCUCCUCUCCUUUUCACUUGGAGUGUGGUGAACUCUGUUCAUUGGUGGAGCGGAUCAACUCAAGCCCUGCCUGCCACCACGGUGCUUCUGUUGCUAGGUGCCUGGGUGCUGGUGGGCUUCCCCCUCACCGUCAUAGGUGGAAUCGUCGGAAAGAACAGAGUAGGCACCUUCCAGGCCCCGUGUCGCACGCGCAACAUACCCCGCCAGAUCCCCAAGCAGCCCUGGUACAAACACACGGCCGUGCACAUGGCCAUCGGAGGGUUCCUGCCGUUCAGUGCCAUCUCAGUAGAACUUUACUACAUCUUUGCCACCGUGUGGGGUCGUGAGCACUACACUCUCUAUGGCAUCCUGCUGUGUGUCUUUGCCAUCCUGCUCUCCGUGGGCGCCUGCAUCUCUGUGGCCCUCACCUACUUCCUGCUCUCAGGCGAGGACUAUCGCUGGUGGUGGCGAAGUGUUCUGAGCACCGGCUCCACCGGCAUCUUUAUAAUGGUUUACUCUCUCUUCUACUACCACAAUCGCUCUAGCAUGAGUGGCCUUGUACAGAGCGUUGAAUUCUUUGGAUAUUCCUUGCUUACUGCAUUUGUUUUCUCACUCAUGUUGGGAACGGUCUCCUUCUGGGCUUCUCUGGCUUUUAUCUGUUAUAUCUACCGUAGCCUUAAGAUGGACUAAUGGGUGGAAGCUGUCACUUCCUCUCGACUGCCCCAAAUGGGAAAGAUCAAGAGACUCAUGGACCAAGUACUAACGGAGCCCUGUGUGUGCAGGUUUUGUGAUGACUUAUAUUAAACUAUCAAACUGUUUCUGAUGCCAAUUUAAAGGGCGAGUUCAUCCAAAAUGAUAAUUCUGUCAUAAUUUACUCAACCUUAUGUUGUUACAACCCAUAUGGCUUGCUUUCUUGCAUAGAACUCAAAAGAAGACACUUACCAGAAUUUCCAAUGUCUUCAUACAGUACAAUAAAAAUGGAUGAGUAACAGUGGCUUGGAAUUCUGCUGAAAACUACCUUUGUAUGUUACACUAGAUAGUUAUACAGGUUUAAAAUGACAUGAGGGUGAGUAAAUAUUGACAGCAUUUUCAUAGUUGAGUUCACUAUCCCUUUAAUAGGGAGCAGACAAAAGUGACUGACAAACGACUACAUUUAAUAUUUGAUUUUCAUAGGGUGACCUAAUACUUAAAAUGCACACAGAUACAUAGUUGCCAGAUAAAAUACCAUAGUAUUUGAGGUUUUGCUGAGCCGGAAAAUUUUGGAUCCUUUAAAUGUUGCCUACAAUAUAUCCAAGCCAAAAAAGACUUGGAUCUUAGAUUAUGUUCAAGAAAAUAUUGUGAAUCCAAAAAUGAUUACAUGUAAAAUUCAAAUACUGGGGGUAGAGGUAGACGAUAUAUCGUUUUUUUGGAACUAUUGUUAUCGGCUAAAAUCUAUAUAUUUUUUUCAUCAUUUCAAAAUAAGAGUCCCCGGUGUGUUUCGGGUUUGUUUAUACUCGGAAGUCCCGUGUUAUGCACCAAAUUCCGUACCUGCCAUAGUAAGAUUUUUUUUUGACAUUAUAUAAAUCGAUUUUAAUAACUAUCAGCCAAUUAAUAGGUUAUCUGCCUUUCCCACCACCUUAAGUUAACAUUAUGGGCAAAAUCCACUAUUGGUCGACCUCUAAUUGUGGUGAAAGGGCAGGAAUCAGAGGCCUUUAUAAGUAGUCUUGUUCACCAGAUCAUUGACACAAAAGCACUUAUACUGCAGGCAAAUUUACUGAAGAUGAAUAUAUGUUGAUGUCGGAUUAUGGAAGGGACAUAUAUUUGCGGUAAAGAGAUGUCAGAUUGUGUGCAAUGUACACAUGUUUGACCAUAAGAGCAUAUUGAAGGACAAUUUUGAGUGAGAAGUGAGAAUUUGUUUUCAGAAGCAAUACAAUGCUCUUAAGUCUCUUUUUAACGGUGAUCUGUUAAAUUGUAAAUAUUAGUUUUCAAUAGUUAUUUUGUUACAGUAAAAUAAAUGUUGUUGAAAAGAAACAACGGUUGGGUUUAUAUUAUCAAUGUGUGAAACCUAAAAUGGCAAACAGAUUGAAAAUUCAUGGUCACGCACACAAUGCUUUUUGGCCCAUAUUCUCAUAUACUUAAAGGGCAAAUUGUCAUUUAAAUCAACCUGUAGUUCCAAACCCAUAUGUCUCUCUGCCAACACCAACACCAGAGACUUUCAUAGUAAGGAAAAGAUACACUGAAAGUGAAUGGUGAUUGAGGCAGUCAGUCCCCAACAUUCUGCCUAAAAUAUUUUGAGAAAUAAAAUAAAA